UCUUAAAACAAACUCUUACUCUUAGCGUCUUUACCAAAUAUAAUAUUAUGAAUACUGCUGUUGUAAUCAGCUUAUAAUUCUUCUUCUUCUUAGUUAUCAGACAUUAAGACCAUUUUGACAAGUAUAUUUUCCGCCAUUUAUCGGUUGUCCCUCUUGCCAAGUUUUGCCAUUCAGCAUCCGGUUUCAAAAUCUUCAUGACGUGCACAUCUAACACAACUUUGUCUUCCCAUCUCAGCCUGAGACGACCUAGUGGUCUUUUUGCCGUUGAGCUAUUUUUUUGUACAAUGUGUACAAAACAACCGUAUUUGGGCCAGGCAUGGUCGACCCACUCUAAUAUUCUUUUAUUAUUAGGCUCACUUUAUGCUAGGGUACCGGUAGUGUUCUUUAAUUUCAUCGUUGUUUCAGAUUAUCCACUCUCUGGUUUAGUGUACAAGCAAAGGCCGAAUAUUUUUCUUGCAAUUACAAAAUACUAUGUGUCCAUAACAAUAAUCUGUAGGUACUCGAUGGUGAAAUAAAUAAUUGAUGGACGAACAUUGUUUAGGACAGGUAUUGAGUUUCUAUGUGGCUUUGGCACUAAAGCUGAAAUUCAUCUCGGUCAUUAAUAUGCCAUAUUAGAAAAAAAAUAAUAAUGUGCGUAAACUGUAAAUGUUUUUUUUUCAACAUUUUGUACGACUAAAUCAAAUCAUUGAACUAUUUGAACUCUUGAAUUUAAUAUCAGUAACACAUUUUCGCAAAUGAAAUGUCAACCGGAUUUGCGAGUUGAAUUGUUAUUCAAGUGUACAUAAUUUUUAAUAUUUCCCUCGUAUGGUAUUGACAGACCAUUCGAAUUUUAUUUGCAUUUCAAAGUGCAUUACUUUCACGUAAAAAAUAUAUUCACUUUGGAUGAUUUGAAUAGAGAUGCUUUAAUAAUACACGAGGCAUGUGACUGGCGGACGUGACCAAUUGCGCCACUUUAACGCUUUUACCAUGAAAUACAAUCAAACUGACCAUUAUAAUGUAAACGCUGCCCUCUUAACUCGACACAAUAAUUAUGUCCUAGAUUUUCGAUUAGCCAUUUUAUUUUUUAAUUUAUAUUUUUAUAUUCGUUAGGAUUUAUAUCGAUCGCCAUCAGUAGAUAUGGACAUUCUGAAGCGAGAACGUGUUAUUUUAUUUUUGAUAAAAUGAAUAAAUUUAGAAAGUUCCAGGAUACAAAGUGUAUACGAAAUAUUAAUACGGUGUACAAAAUUUAUGCACGUGUUAGGUACUUCAGCAGUGCAAUGUUAAUAUUAUAAUCUUGAUUCAAGAAUAACAAAUAAGCAUGUAGAAAACGCGUUGGCGUAUUUCAGGGCUGGACGGACCGACAACUCUUAUGCAUUCACCGAGAUACCGUGAAAACGCGACGAUUACGCACAAGCUGCAAUAAGGCCGUCCUUGUUGACAUGGCGAUGAGAUGAGAUCCAAUGACUGGUGGCCGUUACUGUGGAUAUGCGUAUUCCUCUGGUUCCAUGCUCACUCCGUCGGUGGUCAAUCACCGAAACAAAUUAUAAUCACCACGUGUCCGAGUCAGCUAUCUGACCAGUCAUGUUCCUGUUACGACUUUGAAGACGGCAUUUUUCUCGAAUGUCCAGGAGCUACUGGAACGGGUGUGCGCAACGCACUGUCCUCGGUGACUGGAGGCUUGAUUCAGUCACUAAGCAUCUACGACCUGGAAUCCACCGUAUCUUCCUUGUCUACAGAUCUAUUUCCCCCGGACACCAAACUCAGACAGCUCCAAAUAUCCCACUCUAACCUGUCUGUAAUUGCGGAAGAUGGGUUGAACAACAUUAGAACUUUAGAGUCUUUUUCAAUGCUAUCCGGUAAACUACGGGAAAUACCACAAAAAGCGUUUACCGCCUUGACGCUGUUGAAAACAAUUGAUAUUGAAUCCAAUGAUAUCGCUGAACUGGGUAGUUAUGCGUUCUCUGGUUUACAGUUAAUAAAAAUCAACCUCAAGGGUAACUCAAUACUUAAAAUAUCAGAGUACUCAUUCGCCGGCCUGGAAAAUAGUCUCACUGAGCUCGAUCUGUCUGAUAACAAGAUAAAAACCUUUCCAACGUCCGCCGUCAGACGGUUAGAGCGCCUCAUGUCCUUGAGAAUCGCAUGGAACGAAAUAGCAUCUAUUCAUGACGACCGUUAUUCAUUCAUGAAAAGUCUGGUACAGCUAGACUUGAGCUUCAACAAUUUUGAAUCUGUUCCUGAAGAUGCAUUCCGAUUAUUUCCUAAGCUCAAGAUGUUGUCUCUUUACUACAAUUCGGUUGAAAGCAUACACAAACGAGGUUUUAGCACGCUGAUUGAACUCGAAAGUAUCGACAUUAGUCGCAACAAAAUAGUGUUCAUGGAUUGUAGCACGUUCAAAUACAAUAUUCACUUACGGACAAUAGACUUAAGCCAUAAUCAUAUUCAUUACAUUAGCGGAUUGUUUGCUAAUCUUCCCGAGCUCAGAGAACUAUUUCUUUCCGAAAACAAUAUACUGGAGAUUUCGGGUGACUCGUUUUCCAAUUCUCCAAAGUUAUCGGUUGUAUACAUUCAACAAAACGCUAUAAGAAGCAUCGAAUCUGGCGCUUUUUCAAGUUCACCUGAUCUAAUGCAAAUUUAUUUAAGUGACAAUUAUAUAGAAACCGUAGAUGCAAAUGUAUUUUUUUAUUGUAACAAACUCACAUCAUUGAGCUUGGACAACAAUCACAUUUCCAACAUCGAAAACGGUGCAUUCCGGAACAAUAGUCGACUCAAAGAACUCAGAUUACAAAAUAACAAACUAUCGAAAAUAUUACGAACACAGUUUGAGACGUUACCUGAAUUAUUGGAAUUACAUUUGCAAAACAACGCGAUAAAGGAAGUUGAAUCUGGUGCAUUCAAAACUCUCAAAAGUUUACAACACAUUAAUCUCCAAAGCAACGUUCUCACUCAUUUAGGUGACGUAUUCCUACAUGACGCUCCAUCAUUAGUGUCUAUACAAAUUGAUUCCAACGUGUUGGCUAGUUUAAACAACAAGUCACUUCAAGGUCAAUCCAAUCUAAAAGUUAUGUGGCUUAGCCACAACAAACUAACCAAACUUGAUAAAUCCCUGUUUGCUGACUUGUAUCAAGUACAAAGAAUUUACUUGAACAAUAAUUCCAUUGAGCACAUCGAACUGGGCACAUUCGAGUCGAUGCAAGCAUUAGUGUUUCUAGAUCUUAGUUUCAAUCAGUUGCGAGAAAUUACUUCUAAAACGUUCGCAGAGCUCAGGGGUCUGAAUGAACUGCAUCUCACGGAUAAUCGUAUAUCACGAAUAGAUGCAAAUUCGUUCGCGGCGCUGAAAAAAUUAACGGGUCUUAACUUAUCCAACAACCCACUUACGAAAUUGCAUAAGUACAUGUUUCAAAAAGAUUUACCCAUUCAAAAUUUAUAUCUUAACAAUUGCUCUUUAAGAAACAUUGAAAACGGAACAUUUUCAAAUUUAAACGUUCUUAACGAACUUUACCUGACACACAACUACUUAUUUGCUGAUGCGUUACUUCAAGUAGACGUGCCUACGUUGACUAUCUUAGAUGUAUCUUACAACAAUUUAGAUGGCCUUAAUUCAACUGUCUUAAAGUACCUACCAAACGUAAAGAAUGUGUAUUUAGACCAUUGUAACAUAGGUGAAAUUUUAGCCACGACAUUCAAAUUCAACCUCGAACUAUCUUCGAUGUCUUUGUCGGACAACAAACUGACAGCACUACCUGCAGAUUUGUUUAAAAGACAGACAAGCUUAAAAAUUCUCAUUUUGGACGGGAACGAUUUCAACACCAUGCCCUACGCUACAUUGGCGAACUGCGAGAACUUGCAAAAACUCUCGGUGGCCAGAAAUAUGUUAACUGAAUUAGAUAUGACAAAACUAACUAGUAUGAAAAACCUUCAAAGCCUCUCGAUCUCUGAAAAUCGAGUUCAAAUACUCGCCGGAUUUCCAUCUUCGCUCUUCACACUUUUGACCGAUUUGAACUUGGCAAACAACAUACUGUCGUCAUUGCCACUCAAUUUUUUCCAGUCACUAGAACGUCUAGAUAUGUCCAAUAAUCAUUUCAGGAAAGUUCCUCCAUUGCUCAAGAGCCUUCAAUUCUUGAAUCUCACUCACAACCCACUGGGCCAAAUACGUGAAACAACAAAACCCAUGACAAUCGAGCACAUCGAUUUAAAAGAACUCCACGUGUGUGGAACGAAUUUAUCGGUUCUGGCGAGUAACGAUUUUUUGUCUUUCACAAAUCUUCACCGUUUAUUCAUGUCUGAUAAUAAAAUAUCCAAAAUAUCACCCGGCACGUUCAGCGUUCUCGAAGAACUCCACACGCUCGACUUGAGUAAUAAUCGCAUGGAAUUUCUGCCCCAAGAAAGACUACAAGGACUAUCACAUUUGCGAUUGUUGAAUUUGUCACGGAAUUCAAUUAAAGAAAUCGAAGACCUUUCUUCAGACUUGAUAUCGUUGCAGGUGCUUGAUAUUUCAUACAAUCAACUAGAAAAAAUCAGCAAAGGAUUAUUCCGAAACUUAGAAAGCUUGGCUGAACUAUAUUUAUACGGAAAUUCGCUAUCAUUUGUAUCUCCAGACGCUUUUCGGUCACUAAAAAAACUCAAGACAUUAGAUUUAGGUAAAAAUAAUUUCAAAAAUUUGCCCAUAAACGCUCUUAGGCCUUUGGAAACACAAAUAAAAAGUUUGCGUACAGAAGAAAAUCCAAUAAACUGUGACUGCGACCAACAAGAGCUAUGGGAAUGGAUAAGAGACCACCAAAAAUUGACAUCUGAUCUAACCACGAAAGGCUUGAUCUGUCAACAUCCUUUGGAACUCAGAGGCCGGAAGUUCAUGGAUCUUGAACCUCCUGCAUUUUGUGCCAUGCCCGUCGUACUCAAGCUCGCCAUUCAAGACAUUCAACCAUACUCGAUAUUUGUGUCGUGGAAAGGUCGAAAUCACACAGGCCUACACGGUUACAGAGUAGCGUAUUAUCCGAUCGAAGAUCCAGAUUAUCCAGCAGCGGCCAUUUCAUCAGUCGCGGUAACGCCAAAUAUCAUGAACAAAUUUCUUGAUAAAAAUACUCAGACUACCCUCUUGGACAACCUGAAACCCGAGACCCGGUACUUGGUAUGUGUGUUGGGCCUUGGCAAUUGGAUACCUCUGAACAGUUCGCACCAUCUACAGGAUGGAUCUCAAAGUAGUCGUUGCACCGAAGUGAAGACGCUGGAAGGCGACAUGGCAUUUUACUCCGACGAACAUCACAAGAGCUCAAUACUCACGAGGCGGUUAGGUCUGAUCAUCGGCAGUUGUUUGGGUUGUGUCGUGUUUAUUGUGUUGGUGUCCGUGCUUGGGUAUCUGAAAAUAAAAAAACAAAGAGAAGACACGAAAAGGGAACAGCCACUUCCACCCGAGUAUCUGUCGUACAGGCAUUUUUCUUUGCAUACCACCGACCCAAUUGUCGCGGGUCCCGCUUUGAGUCAAAUUGGUCCGAUUACUAGUGUACAUUAAAUGACGUAUUGUGUUGUUGAUGAUACUAACUAUUUAUUAUUAUUACUAUUAUUAUUAAUAUUAUAAUUAUUACUAAGUGAUACCGUAAUAUCAUGUUGGAUCCUAUAGUUAAUUGUUAACAAGAAAAUACCUAUAACAUGAUGUACCUUGAUAUUAUUAACACAAAAACAUAAAAAUUACUUAAAAUGUUAAACUGUUAAGUGUUUGUAUAUAUAUAUUUUUUUUUCAAACAUGUACAAAACUUACAACUCAAUAGUUUUUGAAACUGAAAUGUUUUUGUAGAAAAGAUAAAUUAUUUUGUUCCAGUCCAUAAACAGGCCCCGUUAUUACAAAAUACAAAUAUAUCGCAUUAAUAGUUACCUAA